GUGUCACUGUUCUCCGGUUAUUAUUCUGUCAAUUUCGCUCGUGGAGGACCAUGUUGGACGUAGUGUGGGCUUUCCCGAACCUCGCCACGUUGGAGCUAAUGGGCUGCGAAUUCAAGUACGCACGCCUUUCUACCUGGGUCGAAGGACCGGAGGAUUUACCGGCAAUUUGCAAGUAUUUGCGAGCGUGUCAGAAGCUCACCGAGCUAACACUGGGUCUAAAGGAUAGCCCGGCGCCGCCGUCAUUCACCGGAGCCGUAUUCGGCAAUGCUGUUACGGAGUUGUACGUCAAGCUUGGGAGACUGUACUGCGUUGGCUUCAGCCGCUUUCUCGGCUCGAACUCGUUUCCUUGUUUACGCUCAAUCGCGAUUCAGGUCGAGUCCCUUGAAGGAGCCAAUGUCCCAGUCCCCGGCGAGCCAUAUCUGCACACCAUUGCAGCGACUCGCACGGUGCCGGAUAUCCUAAAGAAGAUCGUGAUCUACCGUGGCGAUCACCACUGCGAAGUGGACACCGAGUGCUGCCAGGUAGUCGUUGGCACGAGCGAGGAGGUUGCCGGCUCCCCGCAGCGGCUGUCGGCGCUCUUGUCUGGGCUGGAGGAGCUCACCAUCCGCUUCACCCGUGACCGCAAAAGUAAAGACCCGAGCCCGUGCGCUGCAUACAUUCAUUCUGUUCUACCUAGCAUGCGUAAAGUCCUUCGAUUUGAACAUCGCGAGGCCCAUUCUGGAGGUCCUUGGAAGGAGUACACCUUACCACUUACCCAGUGAUUUGCCCCCAUCGCCCACCAUACAUACCCCUACUCCUAUUCGAGUUCCCUACUUUCACGCUGUUGUCUAGCUUGGUAUACCGACUCGCCAUGUACGUGACGCCGCUCCCGAUGACUUUACGGUAGAAUUUUCCACAGUAUGCCUUGGACAACACUCCAUGCUAUACGUAUUCCCCCUUCUCUAUGCCACAUAUGCUCGCC